AUGAUCGAAACGCCCAGUCAAUUCCUUCGAAGAUACAGCAUCUCAGCCCAGUCCGGCUUCCUCCCUGAAGUCGAUCCUUUACAACGCCUUCCGGACCGCUAUUACCAGCCUUGGGAGGUACUGGUAGCAACCCUCCCAGACCUCAUACAGAGCGAUGCGGCCAGGACCAAGAUCGACCAUUUACCGAUCCUUGGGACCGACAAAUUGCACACUGACGCAGAAUGGCGGCGAGCAUAUGCGGUCUUGGGAUUUUUGACUCACGCAUACAUCUGGGGCGGAGAACGACCCGCAGAGCGACUCCCGCCCCAGCUCACCUGCCCGUUUCUGGCAGUGUCGGAGCGACUGGGCCUGCCGCCGACCGCAAUGUUCUCGACACUCAGCCUUUUGAAUUUCGGAUUGAAAACCCCUGGCAGUGAUCGAGCCGACCCGGACAAUCUCAGAUCGUUCCUCUCAUUCACCAACACGCAAGAUGAAGAGUGGUUCUACAUGGUCUCCACGGCCAUCGAAGCGAAAGGCGGGCCCCUGAUCCUGACGAUGCUCCGUUGCAUACAGGCCGUGAACGACUGCGACGACAAGGUGAUUAUCACCUGUCUCCAAACCUUGACCAAGGGCAUCCGAGAAAUCGAAGCCAUUCUCAAACGCAUGCAUGAACACUGUGAUCCACAGGUCUUCUAUCACAAUAUUCGCCCGUUCUGUGCGGGUUCCAAGGGAAUGGCGGCGGCGGGGCUGCCAAAUGGCGUCUUUUACGACGAGGGCGAGGGCCGCGGUCAGUGGAGGCAGUACAGUGGCGGGAGCAAUGCGCAAAGCUCGCUGAUCCAGCUCUUCGACAUCUUCCUCGCUGUUGGACAUCAUGAAACGGGAGAAGGAGGCAAUGUUCGCCGACCUGAGUCGCGAGAUGAAAGUUCCGAUCCCAGUGGAUACUUACAGGAGAUGAGGAACUACAUGCCACCAUCACACCGCGAGUUUCUCGCCCAGGUUGAAAGAAUGAGCAACCUACGAGGCUACAUCUCACGCGCCACUUCCCCUGCAGAUCUUCAGGCCGCAUACAACGACGCCGUCGCGACCUUGACGCACCUUCGGAACAGCCACAUUCAGAUCGUCGCCAGGUACAUCGUCAUGCCGUCUCGGAGCCCGCCGGCGCCAUACAUCGUCCAACGCAAAGGGGCGAACUUGGCCACGGCAUGUUCAACAAAGACGCAGACACAGAGGGGCGGGAAGGCAGAGCAUGACGAUGCCGAUGCCGAUGCAUCAGUGACAAGACAGUUGCACGGCACAGGCGGAACGAGUGUGAUGCCGUUCUUGAAGAGGACGAGGGACGAGACGAGGGAAGCCGUGAUACAUGUCUCUUGA